CCCCUAGCUGGAGUCAUGCAGUCCUUCAGAGAGCGGAGUGGUUUCCAUGGCAACCAGCACUGCUACCAGCAGGAACCCCAUGAAUUAUCACGCCUUGAGAGUUACAGGCAUCAUCACGGCCAGACCAGACAGGGCUACGAGGCACACUCCCUUGCUGCUGCAGGGAUGCCGACAGCAGGAGCAGGAUCUAAAGACUGUUAUGGGCAGCAGACCUAUCCAGGCUACAGCAACAGCUCAGCUCAGGCUAAGAAAUCAUACCGGGGAAGCAAAGUAUCAGGACAGCAUUUGCAAGGAGGUUACAGUAAUCACAUGGGCUCUGGUUACUCAGCUCAGUACAUGAGUGAGGGCCACUUGCAACAGAAAUGGGAUGAGUCUGCUCAGUUAUCCCAGUAUGAGCAGGAUAUGGUUGGCCGUCUGGAGCAAGGAGCUGGGGGACCUUCCCAGUAUCUCGAACAGAACAUGUUGGCAAUCUCCCAGAGUCAGUGCCAUCAUCCCUCCCAGCCCUCUGCUUCUAUUUAUACCAGUCAACAUCAGCAAGGCCUCCCACCAAGUGCAUCUCCCUCUUCUGUGAUGUACACACAGGGACACCUGCACUUCCCUCAGCACUCCCAGUCCCCUUCAUCCUCAUCAUCAACAUCAUCGUACAUGGAAAAAUGCAACCCAAUGCCCCAUGGUUACAAAGGUUAUGCUAUGCCAACAAACACCCAGUACACAAGGCAAUUAGCAAACCAUAGUGGCUUAAAACAGAGUGCUUACAGACCUCAAAACACCUAUGGGUACCAACAGCCAACUUCAAGAGCUGGAUUUGAACAGCAGACUUCCCUGCAAGGGAUGCAAGGGUCACAGGAAAACCUUCAGAAAUUCCAGCAUUACAGUCAGCCCCAGCAGAGCUACUGUAUUACAGAUAUCUCUGUAAGAUCUCCUGAGCAGUACUACCAGAACUGCAGCCCCAGUUCUAGUCAUUCACCUGCAAGGUCUGUGGGCAGGUCCCCCUCAUAUAGUUCCACCCCAUCUCCACUAAUGCCAAACCCUGAGACAUACCAGUAUGCUCCGCCUCCCAUCAACCCUGGAGCUUCAUCCUCAACUGGUCUCCAAGAUCAGGGCAUGCUGAUGCCUCCGCAUAGCCACUCAUCUCCCAGUGUAAACCAUCAAUCUCAGACCUACUCAAGUUCCAUGAAAGAUCGUUUCUCUGAGAAGCUGCUGUCCAACCCAAGCCUCUGGAGCCUCAAUGCCCUGACAUCUCAGGUAGAGAGCAUCUCUAACAAUGUCCAACAGCUGCUCCUCUCAGAGGCUCUCAUGGCUAACAAAAAAAGUAGCAAGCGUAACCAUCCAAAAAAAGGAGAGGAUUACAGGGGCCAGUUGAGGGGUAUUGAGGACUCUUCAUGUCCUGACAGCCAACAUGGUCACAUUCCUGAAGCCUAUAGUGCUCCUAGACCUAUGACAGCUGAGCUUCAAGAGGGAGGAUACUCUAGCAGCACUGAAGAUCAAAUGGAGAGAAGCUAUUACUACUUUGGCCAGGGUAAGGGGCCAACACAAGUCCCAACUCACUCACAGUUGAGCCUAGAUACAGUAUCUACUUGCUCCAUGAACUCAGCCGAUGACAUGUCUAUCAAGUCAGGAGACUCAGUUCGAAGUCUGCAGAGUGCAGCCUCUGAAGAUCUUGGAUGUGACCCCAGGGUGCAGAGAGCGCAAGUCGGGGAAGACCACACCAGUUCUAUAAGGAACAUCAGAGAUGAGAGGUCUCCUAUAAGCAUCACAGCCUCAAGCCCCUUAAAGCAGGAGAGCAACUCACCACCAGAUAUAAAGCGGGUUGAGGGAUCUGUGAAGGAGAAUUUUGAGGAGUCAGCCUGGACUGAGAGGAUGACUGAUGAAGAUGACACUGGAAAAAGAGAUCUAUCUGUUGGACAAGAGUGCAAAGGAGAGGUUGCAGAGGACCUAGAGAAACAGCAGAAGUGGCCAGAGGACAAGAAGUACCCCUCCCUUUUUCAUAAGAUAAAUAAAGCUGUGUCAGGUGGAGGCUAUUCUUAUGAAACUGAAGAAAACAUAUAUCAGGGGCUGCAAAAUAAAUAUGAUCCAGAUGAAGGGGACACUGCUGAGAGAAGCUGCAGCCUUUUAGAUGUUAGCCGCAAGGGACAUGAGCGCUCUGAAAUGAAAUCUGAAAUUUUCAAGUCUGAGCCAGAGCCUAAUGCUGAGACCACUGUGAAAACAUCGCUUACUAUUUCAAGAAGCAACCUUGGGCAAGAUCAAUAUUUACCUGGAAAAGUGGACAAUUCAGAGAUGGCGCAUUUCACCCCUCAAAGUGAGACUUCAGAAGAGAGACUUUCAGCCACAGAGCGACAGAGGGGCACCUUUGAGGAGCACCAGUCUGUCCUCUCUCAUCAGGUCACUGAAGUUAGAGAGAGGAAGGAGAGUCUGACACCUUCUGAAGAGGUCAUUAAUAAUAGAACUAUACCACAGGAGCCCUCUGCUGAAGUCUGCAGUAGGACAGUGGAGAGGGAAGGCGAGUCAUUGGUCAACACAGAAAGUACAGAGACUGCUGCCCAGGAUACGACCCUCAAGAACAGCAAAAGGAGGCCAGCCUUAUGUGACAUUGCACCUCAGUCUCACUCUGUAAAGACAGGCCUCUCAGCUCUCAAUGAAAAAACAACACCUCAGGCCCAGGCAAGGGAUCACAUCGAUCGGAGUGAUGCAAAGGUGCUGGAGCCAGACUCUCCUCAGCUGCCAGGCAAGUCAAUAUUGCAUUCAGCACCAUCCUGGGCUAAUACUCCACCCUCCCCACAGAAAGGCGAUGAGGACAUAGAGCCAGGGAUAAGCUGCCCCAGUGCAGUGACGCCAUUAGCUAAGCCUGAGCCUGAGGUCCCUUCUGCAUAUCCACGACCUUUUGGCCGAAAGCAUACACGGGGCAGGAGACGGCUAAUGCAUGCAAGUGUAGGAAUCAGGAGACAUUCAAAUGUAGAAGCCGAUGGGGCGCCACCCUCUCCCCAAAAGCCCAACUUGCUUAUCAGCAAAAGUGCCCUUUUUAACAGUCAGAUGGGGACUACACACCAAGAUAUAAGCAGUCAAACACCGAAACUUUUGGCUGAUAUCCUACCUUCUCGGAUGUGUACACGAUCUAUUAGCUCACAAGGUGGCCCAAAGGUUUGCCCCCCUGAGAAAAGGAAACCAGGUCCAAAACCAGGUUCAAAGCCUGGUCCAAAGCCAGGUUCAAAACCAGGUCCAAAACCUGGUACUAAACCUGGUCCAAAGCCUGGUCUAAAGCCUAGUCCCAAACCAGGCCCAAAGCCUGGGCCAAAACCUGGUCUAAAACCUGGUCCAAAGCCUGGAGUGAAACCUGGGCCAAAAUCUGGAUCAAAGCCUGGAGUAAAGCCAGUUCUAAAACCAGGUCCAAAGCCUGGUAGUAAACCUGGUCCAAAGCCUGGUCCGAAGCCUGGUCCAAAGCCUAUUGAGGUAGCGACCCCAAAGGGCCCUGGCCGUCCAAGAGGCCUCACUUCUAAGGUCAAGGUGAUGAAACAAGAAGGCCAAAUACAGACUGUUACAAACCGUGUUAAUGCAAGUAAGACCAUGAGUGAAAGUAAGAAACAAGAUGAAAACAGAGACACCACCAUUGUUGAAACAAAUUUAGGUAGUACUUCAGAUACUACCAUUUUGAGCAACACUUUGGUGAUCCCUGCAGAUAACACUCUGGGAACUACCAUGGAGACCACUACAGUGGAUGUAAAAUCUCAGAUGAAAGACCAAAAGCCCAUGGUCCUGAGAUCUCGCAAACAUGCUCUUGAAAACAUAACAAAAUACAAAGAAAAAGAGAGUGAAACAUCAACAGAUCUUCCCCAAAGUAAACCCAAUGAUACAGAGAUGCAGAGAGUCGAUUUAGAGAAGACGUAUGAGAAUCCCACACCAAUCAUAAACACCACUAGCCAAGAGGGAGCCUAUUUGGAUUCCCUAACAGGACCUGAUGAGAAUACUGUAAUUUCUGUGAAAAGAAAAUCGAGUUUGCAGUCUCAAGAACCUGUCAAGAAAAAGAGAGGUGUCAAAGCAAAACAAACAGAAAAUCAGCAGCCAUCAACAAAAACAGUUGUGGGAGUCCGAGGUCCCAGGGGGAGACGAAAGCGAGGACAACAGGCAAAGCCAGCUGUAAACAACGACUUGACCAAAGAUGAUCCUCCUGCCAACGACAUCAGUGAUAUGCCUUGUGCACCUCCUCAGUGUCCCACUAAAACAAAGUACCUGCCUCCCCGAAAAGGCAGAGGUUUGAAAUAUGAGGCAAUGGUUCAGAAAAUCACAUCCCCAGGGUCCAAAAAACAAGCUCCAACCCCUCAACUCGAUACAGUGCUAGAAGACUCAACAUCAAAGUUUGUGCCACAGGUUUCAGAGCAGAGGGAGACAGUAAACACCCUGGAGGUAAUACCGGAGGAAGGUCAAGGCACAAUGAUUACAGAGGGGAGUCAAGACACAAUGUGCGUCAAGACCCCCAGGAAGAAGAGAAGGAAGUGGGCCACUGUAGAGAGUGCAGACACACCAGAUGUUACCCUGGAGGCUGGGAGCCUGAUUAUCAAUUCACCAAGGCUGGCCAAACAGCGAGCCAUCAAAAACAACCAUGAGAUGCAUCUAAAGCAAAGGAGAAAGAGAAGGAAAGGCGUCAUGGUGACAGAAAGUAUACCCACUGGGGAGCCACAGGAAACAGUCCAAACAAAGACCACAUUCCCACCUUUACUUCCAUCCUCCUCUGUGUUACCCAAUACAGAAGAGCAGAGAGAGGGUGAGCAGGCUCCCACAGAGAUGUGUAUUCUGCUCAACAAACCCAAAAGAGGAAGGCGUCCAUCACUCAAAAAGAAAGAGGAAGACAGUUUCGCUGUAUACGCCACUAAAGAUGACUUAAAGGUCAAAAAGCCUGGACUCAAAAAGAGGAUCAGGCAGAAUCCUAAUGUUAUCACAAUAAAGGGACCCAGACUUAAGACAAAGUGCAGAAAGGAAAGUUCUCCAACAGUAGAGGAGAAACAGACAGAGGACAGUUUGAAACAAGACUUAAAUCAGCAGCACAAAUAUGAAAGCAAAUGGUUUUUUACCCCGUAUGUACGCAUUGACAGUUCCAGAGAAUUCGCCUCCCUUUGUACUAUCGUAAACAGGCCUGAGGAAGAACAGCUGCUUAUCCAGGCUAGAAAAAAGAGCUUCACCAAAAUUAAAAAUCCAGUCACGGUUGCCAAGGCAAUACCAAACUGCUCGGUGAUGCUCCAGGGGCCCUUAGUUAACAAAAGCUUAAUUGACAGGUGUCUAUUAUGCUGCCUGUGUGGAAAGCCAGCAAAUUACAGGGAGCUGGGAGACUUGUGUGGACCUUAUUACCCUGAAGACUGUGUACCACGGAAAACAUUGUCCACAAUACAUGGAGAAUCUUUCAGGGAAGACAAAGAGGGGACAAUGAGCUGCAGAACAGAGCUGACCACCACUUUGAGAGGUGAAGGGGAAAAGGACUCAUAUCAGGAAAAGACAAGUAGAGAUCUUCAAGGGCAUCUGAGAAAAGGGAGAAGGGCAUUUAGGGAGCAGAUCAGGAUUCGUCCCAGCUUCCGAGUAAGGCUUAAAAGGCUGCAGUUGUUGCAAGGAAGAGCUGGAGGGGCAGCUACCCCUGGUGGUAUGGAGGGAUGUGGUGAAGCUCUGCAGAGACUAAGGCUGAAGGCAGAAACGAAGGAGCACUGGGCACAUGAGGCUUGUGUUAUCUGGACGAAUGGUGUAAUCCUGGUUGCUGGCAAACUUUAUGGGCUCAUGGAAGCUGCACAAGCUGCUAAUGAAAUGAAAUGCUCUAAGUGCCAGAGUGUGGGUGCGUCAAUCAGCUGCUGCUGGAAAAGCUGCACUCAGAAAUAUCACUUUGUCUGCGCCAAAGAAAUAGGUUGCAUGUUUGAGGAGGACAGCUUUUCAGUAAAAUGUCCAAAA